AUGGUUGGAGGAGACGAGUCAAACAAGAGAGGAAAAAAAAUCCCCGUGCCGGCGGUCCACUAUCAGCAGCAGUAUAUUCCCGUCUCUGCCGCCCAGCAACAGCAGUACGCGCCUUUCCCGCCCCACCAACCGCAAGCACAGGUCGGUAGCGAUGUGUUCGUGCAAAUUUUGCAAAUGAUGCAGCAGCAGCACCGAGAGAUGAUGACCCAGCUGAUUCAACAGCAGCAGCAAAGUGAUGAGAAGCAUGAACGCUUUCUCCGUACGAUCGCAUCGUCAAUCAACGUGCAGGUACCACCGAAUCCAGAACAGAUCCUUGACUCUUUGGCCGGCAACAUCAAGGAAUUCCGAUUCGAGGCCGACUCCAACGUGACGUUUGCGGCUUGGUACUCGAGGUACGACGAUCUCUUCGAAAAAGACGCUGCUAGAUUGGAUGGUGAAGCAAAGGUUCGACUUCUUUUGCGAAAGCUGGGUGCAUCGGAGCACGAACGGUACGUGAGCUAUAUUUUACAGAAACUCCCGAAAAAUUUUAGCUUUUUAGAAACAGUGGCUAAGCUCAAGAGCCUGUUCGGAGCUAAAGAAUCGGUGAUCAGCCGUCGCUACCGAUGCCUGCAGAUAGCCAAAAACCCGGCAGAGGACCAUGUGGCAUUCGCUUGCCGCGUGAACAAAGCUUGCGUGGAGUUUGAGCUGGGUAAGCUCUCGGAGGAGCAAUUCAAGUGCUUGGUCUACGUGUGUGGUUUGAAAUCGGAGAACGACGUCGAGAUUCGCACCCGCCUCCUCACGAAAAUCGAAGAGAGGAACGAUGUGACGCUGGAGCAGCUUUCGAAGGAGUGCCAGCGGCUGUAUAACCUGAAGCAUGACAGCGCCAUGAUCGAAUCUCCGUCCACGUACGACCAAGUACAAUCGAUACGAAAGUUUGGUGGGAAGCGGUACGAAAAGCGUGACCGUGAGUCACCGAAACAUCCUUCCAGUGACACCGACAGGAAACCAAAUUCGCCAUGUUGGUUUUGCGGUGGAUUCCACUACGUUCGGGACUGUAGAUACAAGAGCCACAAGUGUUCCGAAUGUGGCCAGUUCGGGCAUCGUGAGGGGUACUGUGCCAGUGCCAAACCCCGAAAAACUGGAAGGAGGCGCAGGAAGCAACCAGUGUCCGCCAAGGUGGUGGUCGUCGAUGUGUGCAGUGUGCAGCAACGACGCAGAUAUGUCUCCGUGGGGUUUUCCGGAACAAAAAUUCGCCUGCAACUCGACACCGCCUCAGACAUCACCGUCAUUAGCAGGAAGAUUUGGCGGAGCAUUGGCAGUCCUGCGUUAUCGUCAGCAACGGUGAAUGCGAAGACGGCAUCUGGCAGCAUACUAUCGCUCGAUGGGGAGUUCGAGUGCGACGUCACCAUCGGAAGCAGUACACGACGUGAGCUCAUCCGUGUAACCGAGAAGCAGCUGCAGUUACUCGGAUCCGAUUUGGUCGACAGUUUCAACUUUUGGGCCGUCCCUAUGGACACCUUCUGCUGCCACGUGUCUGGAACGCCAGUGUCGACAGGUGCACUCAAGUCGUCUUUUCCAGAGGUCUUCAGCGAGAAGCUCGGCUUGUGCACCAGAACAAAAGUGAAGUUGGAGUUGAAAGAAAACGUUCGACCCGUCUUCUGUCCGAAGCGUCCGGUAGCUUACGCUAUGUAUGAUACCGUUGAUCGCGAGCUCGACCGGUUAGAGAAAUUGGACAUCAUCACCCCGGUCGAUUAUUCGGAGUGGACCACUCCGAUCAUCGUAGUCCGCAAGUCCAAUAGCUCCAUCAGGAUUUGCGGAGACUACUCAACGGGUCUGAAUGCAGCUCUCCAAUCACAGCAGUAUCCACUUCCACUUCCGGAUGACAUCUUCGCCAAGCUGGCUAAGUGUAAGAUCUUCAGCCAGAUAGAUUUGUCCGACGCCUUCUUACAGGUGGAAGUUGACGAGCAGUACCGUAGUUUGCUGACGAUCAAUACGUAUCGUGGUCUCUACCUCUACAACCGCCUGCCGCCGGGUUUGAAGAUCACGCCUGGCGCAUUUCAGCAGCUCAUCGACACAAUGUUAGCCGGACUGAAGGGCACUUCUGGCUACCUCGAUGACGUCAUCGUCGGCGGAGAAACUGAAGAGGAGCACGACCUCAAUCUACGGGGUGUCCUGAAGCGAAUCCAAGAUUUCGGAUUCACGAUUCGUGUUGACAAGUGUUCGUUUCGCAAGCAGCAAAUCCGAUACUUGGGGCACAUCGUCGACAGUCGCGGGUUGCGACCAGAUCCGACAAAAAUCGAGGCGAUCACCAAGCUGCCGCCUCCAGCCGAUGUAUCCGGUGUGCGAUCGUUUUUGGGGGCCAUCAACUACUACGGCAAGUUCGUCCCCAACAUGCGCAUGCUACGCUACCCACUCGACAAUCUCCUCAGGGUGGAGACGAAGUUCAGCUGGAGUCCGGAGUGCCAGAAAGCGUUCGACCGGUUCAAGCAGAUUCUCUCGUCGGAUCUUCUCCUCACGCACUACGAUCCGAAGCGGGAAAUCAUCGUUUCUGCUGACGCUUCAUCCGUUGGACUUGGGGCUACCAUUAGCCAUAGGUUCCCAGAUGGAACCAUCAAGGUGGUCCAACAUGCAUCCAGGGCGCUCACGAAGGCAGAACAGGGCUACAGUCAGCCCGAUCGCGAAGGUCUGGCCAUCAUCUUCGCCAAGGAAAUUCCAGUGUACACUGCGAACCGCCUGCAACGCUUCGCCCUCAACUUGCUGCUCUACGACUUUGAGAUCGAGUACGUGUCCACUGAGAAGUUCGGCAACGCAGACCUGCUCUCCCGGUUGAUCGACCAGCACAUCAAGCCUGAAGAGGACUACGUCAUCGCGAGUCUCAAUCUGGAAGAGGAUAUUAGAGUCGUUGCGCAAAGCACCCAAGCAGAUCCGCUGCUCCGUCAAGUCCACCGCUACGUUCAGAACGGCUGGCCCCAGUCAACACUCGAUGGGUCAGAACUUCGCCGGUUCCAAUCAAGGCAAGAAUCGCUCUCUGUGGUGGAUGGGUGUAUUUUGUUUGCCGAACGACUCGUCAUCCCGUCGCUGCAUCGGAAACGCUUCGUCAAGGCAUGCCAGCAGUGUGCGUCUGCAGCUCGAUCACCUCCUCACUCUCCACCGGUGCCGUGGCCCAAAUCGACCGCUCCGUGGCAACGCGUCCACGUCGACUUCGCCGGUCCAAUCGAAGGCGACUACUACCUGCUCGCUAUCGAUUCGUUCUCUAAGUGGCCCGAGAUCAUCCGAACGACCCGCAUCACCUCUGCUGCGACCAUCAGCAUCUUGCGUGGGUUGUUCGCGCGGCUGGGUAUGCCCGUAAACUUGGUCAGUGACAACGGUACCCAGUUUACCAGCGCCGAAUUCGCCGAUUUCUGCGCUUCCAAUGGCAUCGAGCACCUCACGACAGCACCGUUUCAUCCACAAUCAAAUGGCCAGGCGGAACGAUUUGUGGAUACCUUCAAGCGAGCCGUCAAGAAAAUUCGAGAGGGGAGAGGAUCCAUUGAAGAAGCACUGGAUGUCUUCUUGCUGACGUACCGAAGCACGCCCAGUCGUGCUCUGCCGGAUCAGAAGUCGCCAUCUGAGAUCAUGUUUGGUCGCAAAAUCCGAACGUGUCUCGAGCUUCUGCGUCCACCACCGGUACGUGUCCCAGUACCAACCGACGAUGACCGCAAGCAACCGAGGUCCUUCAACCGAAACGAGACCGUGUACGCCAAACUACAUGGUCGUACCGGUUGGAAGUGGGCUCCUGGUGUCGUCGUCGAGAAGAUCGGAGACGUUAUGUACAACGUGUGGGUCGAAGAUCGCCGAAUGCUACGCUCGCAUAUCAACCAACUUCGGAGUCGCCUUGCUGCUGGCGCGAUACCGAAGCAACCCACUGUACAUGCCACCUUAAACCAACAUUCGCUGCCGCUGGACAUUUUGCUGGAUGCCUGGGAUCUCCCAAGCCAAUCACCAGGUCCAUCUUCACCAGAGCCUGUCUCCAGUGCUGAGAGAACCAUGGUAGGUUCCGGGCCGACUCUUGCAACGUCUACGCCACGUCAUGAGGUCUCGGCGUUCGUCCCGUCAUCAGCAUCGUCAUUAUCAACAACAACAACGCCAACAUCGACAGAGUUCGAGUCCGCUGUCGAAGUAGAACUAGCUGUAGACAUCCCUAGGCGCUCUUCACGACUACGAAGACCGCCAGUAAGGUUUGAUCCGUACCACCUCUAUUAA